AAAUUAUGGUGGAACUGGGCGCGGUGGGAGCGGAAGCUAUACCAGUCGUGUUGGCGGAGGUCAUGUUGGAGGUGGGGUUUCUCAUCCUGCAGCGGCGGUUGAUCUUCUUGAACCUCCGGCUACGUUUACACCAGCGCCACCUCGACAACAAAUGAGUGGCGCAACUCUCCAAAGAUCUUCGCAUCCAAGCAACUUUCUCCCGCCAGGAAGACAAGUGUCACAGACUCAACAAAACGGAAACUACCUGCAACACGACAAGGAACAAACACAGAAGCGGCAAGAACAAAGCUUUGGCCAAAAACCCUUUGUCCGGCCUCCAACUACACCUUUGGUAGAGGUGAAAUCAGAGCCAGAGGAAGAAGACAUAGAAAAACACGAAGAUUGUCCCCGAAGUAACGCGACCGGUUGUUUGCCCGAACAAGAGACUGCUCUGCAGCCACACGGUGUGGAAACUGUUGCAAUUACAAGCUCAAGUCACGCGGCAUCAGCGACAAGCCCCACUGGUAAUUCACCAACAGGCGUAAGGGGUACGCCGACAGUUCCACCAAGUGGUAAACCCCAAACAUGUACAAGUUCUAAAUCAACAAGAACGAGGUCUCCUCUAAUACUGCCAAAAAUACCUCCUAGUGGGGGUGAACAGCCGGGAACAAGUGAAGUGAAUCAUGGAGCUAAGCAAACGGGAAUAGAGGACGACAGUAGAAGCAGCAGCAAGCAAACACCUACUUUGCCAGAAGCAAGUGUUGUCCGCCAGAGCUCGAACGCAAAAACAAGCGGUGAUGAUCGCAACAGCCCCCGUAUCAUUGAUUUGAUAGAACCUGACACUGCAGAAGAUACGAUUAAAGAUUCAGGAGACGCAUCCAAAACUCCAAGAAAAGAAGAUGCAAGAACUGUCUCUCUCGGAGAGGCGGUUGCAAAACAAAAUGCUCCGGAGCCAUCGCGCGAUGGCGACUUUGGUUUGUCAAGCGCUAGUUUUGAAAUUGAAGCCGGAGUGUCUGCCUCUAGUGGUUCUGCACCAGCUACUUCGGCAAUAAACGGUCUUUCUGGUAGAGCCAGUUCUUUUAUCGCCGUGGCCCAAGAUGGGGGAAGCAGAAUAUUUGACAACUUUGAUGGGCCGGCGAAGCAACAGGUAGACAGCCAGCCCGGUAUUUUUUUGGAUGGAGUAAAGAUAGAACAGUGCAACUCCGAUCAAGCAGAGGAAAAAAUGUCAGCCGAGCUUGAUGGGAAUACUAGUCAUGACAAACAAGUACUGCAGCCGCAAAAAGCGAAACUUGUCGAGGAGCAGGUGGAGAAGGAGGAAGCGUCGACGCUGGGAGGAUCGCAGCUUCAUCCUGGAGCCAUGUCAUCUCCGCAAGUGCCGGCUGUUGAGGACACGAAUAAAAACGGUGGACCAACAGCACAAGAAAUUGAACAAGUUCCUGGCAUUGAUCGUGGUCACAGUUGUAGCACUGAAAAUGGCUAUGGAGACGAUGGUGCGCCGCUGAACUCACUCCCGGAAAAAACUUCAGUAGAUGCCAGUUCUGGACCAAGCGGAGAGCGGGCCCCGCCAGCAAUCAUCAACCAGCUCGAUGAAAGUAGCCAAAAUGAAGAUUGUGAUGCUGCUGCCGGAUCGCUCAAAGGUUGUUCUAGCCUCCCAGAACAACGCGAUGCCACAGGGGGUGCUGCUCCUGCUGGAUCUGGUACACACCGCUAUACUGUCCCUGUAGAAGAAUGCAAAAACACCGGCGAACGCGAUAAUUGUGACCAUCUGCCACGCGAUGCUGGUGCACACCAACAAGAGAAUGUGGGGAAAAAUGUGGAAGGAGAAGAUGCGCCAGCCGUUCUUCCAAAGGAGCCUGAAGAUCCCACGCAAGAUAAGAAUAGCGAAAUGGGACCUCGUUGUCGUGUGGAAACUUUGACUGCUAGUGAAAGAGAAGGUGCUACUGCUUUAGAUGAGUGUCCGGCUAUCGUAGGUGCUGCUAGCGCGGUCCAGCACACAUUGUUUUCUCGACCAUCGGAGUUGCAUCUGAAGAAUCCACAGGGUCACGUAGCACCCAUGGAGGGCGAUGAGCGAACAGUAGGAGUAGAGCAAGGUACUGAGGGAAGCCAGCCACAACAGCAUGAACUCACUACAUUUCCACCAAUAUUACAACGACCCGGACUCGAGCCUUCCGCGAGCGGGUCAGUGGCCGAAGCUGAGCGACAAGAGAAUCUAUUGAAUGAGGCGGCCUCUGGCGCACCACCUGAGCAAGACAAAGCAGGGCGGACAAGGACGGACCUCGAAGAACCUGGAGAAGAUGAUGAAAGACCCAUGCAGGUGAUCGCUGAGGCCCCUUCGUCCCCAGGAACGGUACAAACUGUACAAGAAGACGCCGCUAUAGGAGGACAACAAGCCGGACAAAGGAAUACUAGCGGAGCAGCAAUGGAACAGCAUGUCGAUGAAGAUUUCAGUAGAGUAAGUAUUCCAGGAUUUGAUGGAGCGGGGAGGGCGCAUUCAUCUGCAGAAACAGGGCAGCCUGAGAGUGAAAUAGGAGGAGCAGAAGGCGCCGUGUUAGUAGAGGCAGUAGAUAUAGAGGAACAAGUUGAGCCAAAGAACGUGCCAAGCGCUGAAAAAUACAGAGAGCGAACUGAAAACUGUGAGAUACUUUUUCUCAAGUGGCUAGACAAUAAAUUGCCACUAGGAAAGAAGCAGCCGAAAGAUCUAUGGACCAGCGCCAGUGACCCGUACGGAAUAGAUUGGCUGGAAGUAAUCGAUGGGAAUUAAGACUGCCCUCUUAUUAAUGCAUCCCUGGCAUGGCCCUAGUGUUUUCUCUCUUCAAAAAGGAAAAUGAGGCUUGUUUGUUCAUGUCCAUUUUCCCAUAGGGAAUGAACACCCGAGAUCCAGGUAGCACGGAUGCAGCGGGAGGCUUGUCUAAGGUAUGAUACGUAAUUGCAACUCGGUAUGGUCAAGAGCAGAUGCCAGUUGGUGGUUGCAGAUCCUUAACAGCGGACCCAGAGAGAUAUAUCGUUUCCCCCGAGUAGACAAGAAGAAAUGGUCGGUUCAUUUGCUGAUGUCGCUUGCCUCUACUUGUUCGCGUGGUUUGGAUGCUAAUUAUGAAUAUUGGCGAAAGGGUUCGCCCCUACGGACGCAGUACAUGAGCCUGCGGUAUGAGGCGGGCGGUUGCAACGGGAUUGAUGAUAGACCGUUUUUCGAGGAAGUGUGGCAGUUCUUCCACAGUAAAAUCGACACGCGAGGUAGAGUAGGUCCCGAUGUGCCUGCUUACGUUGUUUCGCGUACUCGCCCUUCCCUCGAUUAUUUACAGAGGUUCUUCGGUAAGGCAUUACCAGAAUGGAACCCUGAUGAGGUCGCGCGUGCCAACGCUGCUGCAGCGGCAGUCGACGAAAAAGCAGAUCAGAGAGAGGCAGAAGAAUAUAGAUGCCGAAUCGCCAUGGUGGCCGAGUUUCUUUUUCAAAGCGAGACACUAGUCGGUGGUUUGGAGGAGGGCGACGGCUUUCCCGUGAAACAUGGUAAAUUCUCUUCGCUUCUAUUUUUAUCUAUCAUAUCCCGACGCUUUUCUGUGUAUGUUGGAGCACGGUCAGGCUGAUCUACUUUCAGGUCGUUACCCGCAGCAUAGUUGUCCUUGGUGUAGGCGCCAGGCCUUUCAAUCUCGUACUUUCAUUCUGUAGAAACUCUUAAACUAACUCGAGCUAGAUGGUUGGUUAUGGUUAUCUAUUCACGAUGAUGAAUGUAGCGCUCACAACCAUGUUUCAUCAAAGAGUGAUGAACUUAGCGCUUGUUUAGACACAAGGCUAAGUUGAUUUACAGAGUUAGCGUUUAUACAUUUUCAAAAACGCUUGGCACUAUAGUCAGCAAAGAUGCACGACUAUGAUUUUGAAAGAUAAGUCAAUCUACAUAUCCGCAGCUUCAUUCUCCCAAGCAACUGACCUAGGUUAUUGCCUUCCGCCGGCCGAAGAAGGCGAAACAUUGCACUUGGGGAAACGCGAGUACGGGCUGGACAUCUGUUCCCCAGAGUAUUGGUACAAAUCAUUAGGUGAUGAGCAUCCAGAUGUAAUGCCGCGGAAAAAUUGGCACUUUCAUUUCCGAGACACUUUCCGGACCAUGGCUAGGAGCUGGCCAAAAGUCGAUGCGAACAAACGGCGUGGCAACGACGAGCAAUGGACUUAUGCUAAUUUCCGAUGGAUCUGGAUGCAGCAUCACGGCAAUCGCUUGAAAAGAAUUCUGGAGAUCUAUCCAGAAAACUUGAGGAAUUGGAAGAACGCGCUGGCGGAGACGCGACCAGAGCAAUCGCGUUCCCCUGCUGUGCAGCAGGUGCUGGACGCGGCGUUUUAUUUACCUCGCAGUACGCUAGAGUCCGCGGAGAAAUGGCGUCAGCCUCUGUUCUUGGAGCCGCUACGCAGACAUAUGCUCGGCUAUGCACCACUAGUGCAAGCUCGAAGGACAGAUGAGCCAGAGCCUUAUCAACCCGACGUGGGCCCAUCAGGAAGCACACGGCAAGAUCUGUCGCUUCUGCUGGAGUAUCAGCAUUCUGGAACUGACCCAUAGGGAGCCAGUGCCGUUCUUCCAGUGGCAGCGUGCGCAAACAUUUUGACUGUUCGCAACGCAUAAGCAUUCUCAGCAUGUAUCAACACAAAUAGGCAUUUUAUAUUUCUGUGUGCCUCACUUUCUGUUAGCAAUGUCCACGGCCGACUGAGAUACCGACCAACUGACUACACCACUAGAGUGAACACACUGAAACCACUACCACACGCAUGCAAGUCAGGGAAAUUACUCAGGUCGAUGCUACCAGUCUGCGGGUGAGAAAGAUGACGUGACUACCACUAGCAUACUGAUGAAGAUGGUGACUACUAGGCUGGUGAUGAUGAUGAUAACGAUGAGAACGAACAGGGAACCGGGGACCUUGAUGGCGUUCAUGAUCCUGGUGGAACGUUGUGGGGAUCUAUAUGCAUGGGAGGAACGAGGAACGAGGCCGCGCGAGUUGAUUGAAAUCAGAACCAUGGACAAGGAUCGAACUGGAUGAGGGUCCUCGUGCUGAUUCGUCACAUUGGGUGACCUGGAUGAUCUUACGCCUACACUUUCUCAACCGGGGACUGAUUUAUACUUAUCCAAAUUAAUCUGGCUUUUCGCCACGAAAUGGAGGAGAUCCUUGUUGAAUAUUAGAUAUUGAUGUGAGAUGCAUACGCGUAUUUCUCAGAUGAUCUUCAAACGCGAUACAGAAAUGCGCGCCUGCGCACGCCAUCGUUGUUUGGUUCGCGUUAUUCCGAAAUCCAGAUGAACAUACAAGGCAAAGAGUGUCAGGCUUCUCGUGUUAUCCACAUGCGAAUAUAUACCCAACAAUUUGAUAUCUAAGAAAAUUCAAUCGACAAGCUCCUGCUUUAUCUGGGUCCACGUAAUGGUUCCUACAGCGUGCUGUACGUUGAAUAGAAACCUCAACUUCUG